AUGACUAAAUUUCUCAUUCUCUUGCUAUUCAUUUCAUGCUUCAUUAUUGCCAAUUGUUUAGUUGAUUGCCAACUUCCACAAAUUUCCAUUCCAACUCCACAACAAUCAGGCGAUACUGUCCAACAAGAACAAUUACCACAAGUUUCCAUUCCAACCCCUCAACAAUCAGGUGAUACCGUCCAACAAGAACAAUUGCCACAAAUUUCCAUUCCUACACCACAACAAUCGGGUGAUACCGUCCAACCACCAUUCAAAGUAUUUGGUUCUCAUCAUAUAAUCAGACCAAUUAUUUCUCAUUUCAAACCUCAUCAUUCCCAACAUCAUACUAUUCUUCCUCACUUGAGAGGUUCUCCUCAUCCAAGUCAAACUUAA